GAGCAGCAGCAGCCGCCCUGCGUCCCGCCGAGUGGAGCAGGGCGGGACCGCAGUUUGCCCGCGGAGCAGCCGGAAGUGGCGGAGCCUUCCGGUGUGUGUGUGGGCGGGGGGGAGGGGGUGUGAGGUACGACGCCGGCCCGGCGACAACGGAGAAGCUGUGAGGGAAGGUCGGUCGGAAGGUGUCGCCGCCGCUGCCGGUGCCCGGGCAAGGAGCGGGCAGGAGGAGGAGGAGGAGAAGCAGCACGGACAGCGACGCCCCCCUCUCCCCUCCGCCGCCGCCGCCGCCUCCCCGCUCCCCUCGGAGACGCCAUCAUGAAGAAGCAGUUCAACCGCAUGAAGCAGCUGGCCAACCAGACGGUGGGCAGAGCGGAGAAAACUGAAGUCCUCAGUGAAGAUCUGCGACAGAUUGAGCGCCGUCUCGACAACGUGAGGUCCGUAUGCCACACUUCCUGCAAGAGGCUAGGCAUGUGUUUGCAUGGGCAGUUUGGAACAGAUGCAGAAAAGAGACAUAAAAAGCUUCCUCUCACUGCUUUUGCUCAGAAUAUGCAGGAAGGCGCUCUGCAGCUAAGCGAUGAAACUUUGCUGGGGAAAAUGCUGGAGACUUGUGGUGAAGCAGAAAAUAAGCUAGCAAUGGAGCUCUCUCACCAUGAGGUUCAGGUUGAGAAAGAUAUUUUAGAGCCACUGAGCCUCCUCUCAGAGACGGAAAUCCCCAACAUUCAAAAACAGAGGAAACAGCUUGCAAAACUGGUGCUGGACUGGGAUUCUGCAAGAGCCAGAUGGAACCAGGCCCACAAAACUUCAGCCACCAACUUCCAGGGGCUUCCGUCUAAGAUAGAUUCCCUCAAGGAGGAGAUGGAUGAAGCGGGGAAUAAAGUCGAGCAAUGCAAGGAUCAACUUGCAGCGGACAUGUAUAACUUCAUUUCCAAAGAAGGCGACUACGCCCGCUACUUUGUCUCUUUAUUAGAAGCCCAAGCAGAUUACCAUAGAAAAGCAUUAGCAGUCUUAGAAAAGGUGCUCCCUGAAAUCCAGGCCCAUCAAGACAAGUGGACUGAGAAGCCAGCUUUUGGGACUCCCCUGGAAGAGCAUCUCAAGCGCAGCGGCCGUGAAAUUGCCCUCCCGAUUGAGGCAUGUGUGAUGAUGUUGCUGGAAACUGGCAUGAAGGAGGAGGGCUUGUUCCGGAUCGCGGCUGGAGCUUCCAAGCUAAAGAAGCUGAAAGCCGCUCUGGACUGCUCCACCUCGCAGCUGGACGAGUUCUACUCUGACCCUCAUGCUGUGGCAGGUGCCCUGAAGUCUUACCUGAGGGAGCUGCCAGAGCCGUUAAUGACCUACGCCCUGUACGAAGAGUGGGCGCAAGUUGCAAACAUACAAGACCAGGACAAGAAACUUCAGGACCUGUGGAGGAUUUGUCAGAAACUGCCAAAGCACAACCUGGCCAAUUUCAGGUACUUAAUCAAAUUCCUUGCAAAGCUCGCUCAAUACAGCGAUGUUAACAAGAUGACGCCCAGCAACAUUGCCAUCGUGCUGGGCCCAAACCUGCUGUGGGCCAAGAAUGAAGGCUCCCUUGCAGAAAUGGCAGCAGCAACAUCCGUGCAUGUGGUAGCAGUUGUGGAGCCGAUUAUCCAGCACGCCAGCUGGUUCUUUCCUGAAGAGGUGGAUUUCAACGUGUCAGGAGCCUUUGUGGCACUGCCUGCGGUGAAUUCGAAUCACCUGCACACAGGGAAUGACUACGACUCGGGGACCUUGGAGCGGAAGAGGCCCAUCAGCAUGGCCGUGAUGGAUGGGGAGCAGCUGAGGAAGGAAGGCUAUGGUGUCAAGGUUAUGGACUUCCAGGCGAACCCCAGGAGAAGUGGCACUAUAAGUAGAAAGCACACAGCCCCAGCUUUCCAGCCACCACUUCCGCCCACUGAGGUUGGCCCGCUGGCACAGGCCACAGCGGAGCAGCACCCACAGGGCCCUGGGGCUGAGCCUGCCCCCUUGGGUGCUGCGUCCGCCCCCCUUCCCGGCCCAGCAGAGCAGUCCCAAAGCCAAGGCGCUGAGGACAGCAGCAGUUCAAAACCAAAGGACCCCACAACUCCUCCUCCCACGAGGAACGGGGGGCACGGAAGCGCUGCUCAGGCCUACCCACAGCCCAGCGCUGGCACCAGCCAGCUCUCCGUGGGGCAGUCGCAAGUCUCUGCGGGGCCAAGUCCACAUGCCGUCAGGCGAGCCGUGAAGAAGCCUGCCCCAGCCCCUCCAAAGCCAGCCAACCCACCUCCCGGGCAGCCAGGGAACCAAAGUGCCCCCUCCGCCCCUCAACCGCCCUCCGUUUCCCCAAAGCCCCCCACUAGAAGCCCUUCUCCCCCCAGCCAGGGAGCCCCCCAGCCCAGCCCUGUCCCAUCCCAGGGCUCUGCCCCCCGACGGUACUCCAGCAGCCUCUCCCCCAUCCAGGCCCCCAGCCACCCGCCACCCCAGCCACCCAUGCAAACAGCGGCCACUCCUCCUCUCCAGCCAAAAGCCAACACUCCCAGCUCUUCCCCGCCUGGGUCUGAGCCCAGCCUUGAUCAGCCCUCGCCCACUCCUCCCCACACGCCCACGCCCCCUGACACCCCACCUCUGGAGAAGCACAACCCUGCAGUCGCCUCCCCGGCUCCUCAGCCCCUCGCCCAGGAUGCUCAGUCGCCACCUCCUCAGAUGGGCACGUUGCCCAGGCCGAGGCCCGUGCCCAAGCCGAGGAACCGGCCCACCGUCCCCCCUCCACCGCAUCCUCCUGCUCCUCACCUGGCCGGAGACGGUCCUCUUCCUGGUCCCCCUUCAACGGCAUCCCGCAUCGUGACCGACUCUAAUUCCAGUAUUCAAGAGCCACCACGAGGCCUCCCUGCCGUGGAACUUCCAACGGAGUCGUCAGCUUUGCCAAACCAGAGCUCCCACAACCACCUUGUGCUCGACAUCAAUCACAAUACCGAAAGCACCGCUUUAUAAACGAAAGAAACCACUCCAGGGCCCCAGCUGCUCCUGCCCCAGCGGGAACCUCACCAGUCAAGGCUCUACAGUGAGGAGCUUAUGGAAAUCGAAAGAUGGGGUGGGGACCCAACCUUCCCCUUUGCGUCUCCAGAAAAGAAACACCUACCCCGCUAUCCAAAGAAGUUUAAUGACCUGUGUCUUGACCAAGGUGCCUAAGCUGUGGCUGGGAUGAUGAUUGUCUGGCUGCCCCCGAAAAGUAUAUCAGAAGCUUAAUUGCUGCUGUUAACAGAGACGGCUGAACAAUUCCAAGAGAAUCCAAAGCAAUGCAUGUAUAAUGGAAACAACCUUUUAAAGGCCUCUGUUGAACUCUUCCUCUUAAUUCUUUUUUUUUCUUUUUUUGCUCUUACCAAGGAGAUGGCUCACAAGAGACUUUCCGUCUCUGACAUGCUGCAGACUUUGUUAAAAUAUGAACCAAAAAAACA